AUGGAUUUCUCGGAUUUUGAAUGCAGCGAUGCGGGAGAAUCAGGUUGGACAAUGUACCUAGACCAUUCUUCUUCUGUUUCAUUGCAUCAUUUUGAUGAUCACAAUAGAGAAACAAAACGAGAACAUGAUGAAGAUUCCUCAAUGGUGUCGGAUGCAUCUUCCGGGCCUCCCUAUUACUGUGAAGAGGCUGUCCCUGAAGAUUUCCUCCAACAAAACACACAAUAUUGGUGCAAGAGCAAAAUCAAGAACAAGACCAAGAAGAAAGUUCACGAAGAACAAGAAUAUAUCGAACGAUUCAAUUCUUGCCUUGAUGACACAGCUAGUUCAUUGCCGGUUGGAGAAGAAUUAUCAGCACAUAAGGAACAUCGAGAUGAAUAUCAACGGUUAGAUGAUUUCUCACAAACCUACUCCACUCGAAGAAUAAUCAAGGGAAAAUAUAACUCGGGUUUCCUACAACAAGCUUUCCCGAUUGAGAAAUUAGCGUUGAAACAUCAAGGUGGCAGUAAGCAGAGAAAGAAAAGAGGAUAAAAAAUGAUAUACGAAUAUUUAUUAUUUUCUUUUAUCUAUCGAACAGAAGGAACACCCUUCUCUUCCUUUAGUGUGUUAGCU